UGAUAAUAACAAACCAAGUCCAAAGUACAUAUAGAAUUUAAUACGAUAAGAUGGCUUCAACUGGACUGCUGGUGGUGUCCAAUAUUAAGCAACUAGGAAAAUCUUUGCGAAGUAUUGAAAAAUACGUAAACUCGCUGUACAUUCACCUAAAUGUAACGGGCUCAACGCAAUCUGCAUCGUCACCAGCUUGGGGUCGGCUUAUAUCACAGUUGUACGCCGAUGGCAGCAGCUAUGUGGGGAACAAAGUGGAUCUGCGCGUCCUGGUGGCACCGCUCAAGGAGCACUCAGCUGUCGGCAGCCUGUCAUUACGAAAACCUGUUGAUAUGAUAUUCUCGGAUGCGCAUCAACCGGAGAUAUGCGACAGGCUACGCAACGCUCUCAACAUAAGUCAACCUACGAUUUUUCUGAAUGACGCCAUCAGCUGCGAUUUCAAGCUACUGGAAACAGAUGUCAAUCAGAAGGCAUACCCUACAGUUGUUCUGGGCGGCACAUUUGAUCGCAUACACGUUGGUCACAAAAUAUUCCUCACUCAGGCCGUGCUGCGCGCCUGUAAACGGCUGGUCGUGGGCGUCACGACGGCUGCAAUGACUAAAGGGAAAAUAUUGCCAGAGCUCAUACUGCCUGUGGAACAGCGGAUUGCCGAAUUGCGCGAGUUCCUAUUGGACAUAGAUAACACGCUGCAAUAUGAUAUUGUGCCCAUCGAUGAUCCUUUUGGACCGACGCAACAUGAUCCUGAUAUGGACUUAAUUGUAGUCAGUGCCGAGACGUUGCGUGGCGGGCAAAAGGUCAACGAAAUUCGGGCCGCCAAACAGCUGCGUCAACUGGAGAUCUUCGCAAUUGAUAUUGUGGAGAGCAAAGUAGUUGACGGCAUACACGAGUCGAAGGUCAGCUCCAGCAAUACACGUAUUGAUCUGCUAGGGACGCGCUGGCGACAGCCGGAGCCACGGCCGCAUCUGCCUGCUCGCCCAUAUAUUAUAGGACUGACAGGCGGCAUUGCUUCGGGCAAGAGUAAAAUGGCUGAGCGUCUGGGGCAGAUGGGCGCCCAUGUGAUCGACUGUGACAAGGUGGCGCAUGAUGUCUACGAGCCUGGUCAGGCGUGCUAUGAGAAAAUCGUUAAACAUUUCGGAGAGGAGAUACUCUCCGAUGAUGGUCGCAUUGAUCGCACAAAGCUGGGUCCACGAGUCUUUGGCAAUGUACAGGAGCUGGAAACAUUGAAUUCUAUCGUGUGGCCAGAGCUGAUGGUGGAGGUGAAUAGACGUCUGGACGAGCUGCGUGCUGCAGCGAAAGUGCCCAAGGUGGUGGUGCUGGAGGCAGCGGUGCUGCUGAAGGCAGGCUGGGAGAUCCAUUGCCACGAGGUGUGGUCGAUGAUUGUGCCACCAGAUGAAGCCGUUCGGCGCAUCAUCGAGCGAAACAAUCUCAGCGAACAGGAAGCUCGCAAUCGGCUGGCUAAUCAAGUGAAGAACACAGAUAUUGUGGCCAAAUCCCAAGUAAUCUUCAGUUCACAGUGGGAUUAUGAUUUCACACAGUUGCAGGCAGAGCGAGCUUGGCAAAUGCUCAACAAGGAACUUGACGGCCGACCCCUGAGUAGUCUGUGAUUCAGUAUGAGGAUAUUAUUAAUUGAAAACUUGUUUUGAUUUAUUUGUUAGCUGUCCAUUGUUAAUGCAUUUCUUUAGUUAUGGUUUUAUGUGUAAUUUUAAGUUGAAAGCACAAGAGGAGCAAUCACUAAAGUUCAAUUUGAAUGCCAA